GCUCAGAUCUAGUAAGGCUUUAGCGGGAUUAGAGCUACGGAUCUUCUGACCUUCUCGCAGACCCAAGGACCGCGACUCCAUACCUAAACUGGCGAGGACGCAGGUUCCUUGACUUUGUCAGGCGUAGAGUUCAACGCCUGCGCUCAGAAGCGAACCUUCACAAGGACAGACCGCAGCCACGGCUUCCGCAGCAGUCUGCGCCCUUCAGCGCGCUUCCUCCUGCCUCGGGGAUUCCGUAGCUUCCGCUUCCGGUCCGGAGCGUCCUGGAGUCCUGAGUGCUGAGGCCGUAGUCUGUAGGUCCUGGAGAAUGAAGAUUUGAAAGUAAAGUCAUGGCUAAACACCUGAAGUUCAUUGCCAGGACUGUGAUGGUUCAGGAGGGGAACGUGGAAGGUGCAUACAGGACCCUGACCAGAGUCCUCACUACUGAUGGGCUUACUGAAGUCAUAAAGCGAAGGCGCUACUAUGAGAAGCCCUGCCGCCGCCGCCAGCGGGAGAGCUAUGAAACAUGCCGGAGGAUCUACAACAUGGAAAUGGCUCGGAAGAUUAACUUCUUGAUGCGAAAGAACCGGGCAGAUCCAUGGCAGGGCUGCUAAGGCUGUGGAUGGAAGACCCACAUUAAUUCUGCGUCUAACUUUUCUUUAUCCAACCCCAUUUGUUACCUUUCUCUUCAGUAAACUCAGUCACACAUGAACAAGAAGGCUUAAACAUACAGAAGCUUUCUCAUUGGUCUGCAAUGAACCCCUUUAUUAAAAAAAAAUCAAAAAAUGGAAUAGGAGCAGUAAUAUUGGUUGCCAGUCUAGGAGAGGGGCCAAUCAGGAGUUACAUGUAAUGGGUACAGUUUCUGUUUAUAAAGGUUUGUAAAAGUUCUAGAAACCAUGGUGACAAAAACGUAUAUGUUAGGGUUGGAGAGAUGACCCAGCCCUUAGAGCUUGCUUCUUCAUAGAGGACCUAGGUUUGGUUCCAACACCUGCUAGCUGGCUCACAGGGUCUUUAACUCUACUUCAGGGGAUUUCUCGUCACUUUCUGGCCUUUGGAUGUAUGUAGUACACAUAUUUACAAAAACUUUGUCUUUCAAGACAGGGUUUCUCUGUGUGCAAACCACUUUUAUACAGAAAAUAUAAAUAAAAUUUUAGUGAAUGUGGA